CCCUUUUUACAUAUUUUGUUAAACCGACACAAAUCGAUUGUAUUCUUAAUAUUUCAACUGUCAAAUCCGCAGAGUGUUAUAAACCGGUUGUAAUUAACAAACAAAUAAACCGCGGCAGAGAUUAGUGGACAAUUCGCAUCCACAGGGUCGGCAUAUUCUCAGCUCCGGUCUCUCUCUCCUUUCCUUUCCUCCCAUUUUCAACCCGCACGCAUCUUCAAUUGCAUCCUCCACCUCCUUCUUCGUUUCGAGCUCUCUUUUCCUCUUCCCCUUCCGGCAAACAGAUCAAUCUCAGCAGCCACAGCCCACCCGCACGCAAUCAUGGCUACUCCCGACAUUCUUCAGCUCAUUGACGAACGCCUCCUUUCUUCUCCUCUCCACGAUCCUUCCAAAGCCGACGGAGGAAAGUCCCGUGGGUUGUCAAUCGAGAAGAAGAUCGAGUUCCUUGAGAGCUUGACUGGCAAAGUUACCAACAGAAGGUCUCGGAGAUGGAUAAAUGAUCGUCUAUUGAUGGAGCUGGUUCCUCGCCUGAAUGCGGAUGAGAUAAAGGGCCUUUUUGCUCCACCUCCAUGGGGUGAUGCCGUACCACCCUCUGCAUUUUCCAUGGCCAACAUGGGAGAGUGGGAGAAAUUUAGGAAUAUAGACAUGGACAAACAGGCUGAUAUAAUUGAGUCCUUUGAUAAAUCCUCGUCAAAAAGGAAAGGGUCCGUUGAUGCUGAUAAGAUGGCUGUCUUAAAUGCUUGGAGAAGAAUUGAGGCUGGAACAAGGGAUGCACUUCGCCGCAGCUUUCUUACUGAACUUAUCCAAGGCUAUGAGGUAUGCAUACGGGCCUUCAUUGAGGAUAAUGUAGAUGGUGAAGUUCUUACAUUCAGGGUUCAGGAUCCCUUCCACAGACUGUUGCUUCAUGGUGUCUGCGAGUUCUACAACUUAGAAUCGGCUACCGUCUCAGAGACAAAAGGAGGGAAUCUUUCGAAGAUGACUACGAUAAAGAAAAAGAAGAAGAAGGUAGUGGAUGAGCUCCCAAGUAUCACCCUGUCGAGUUUCCUGAUAAUGACCAAAGAAGGUGUCUGGUAAUAUCAUGGUGCUGGCCUGCUGGGGGAGUAUACUACUUCCGCUGGAUCAAAUGUGAAUAAAUAAAAUAGAACUUAGCCUGCCGAAUCUCGGGCACAUCGCAAUGUGAUGUUGAACUAGCAUUGCAACAUUUUAUUCUUUACUGUUGUAAGAUCUUAUUUAUUUGGCUGUAGAUGGAUCGUUAUCUAGCUUCCCGGGGCGAUCAGAAUGUUUUCUUGUACAUUACUACUAGGCUAGCUAUGUACUUUGUUGCUUGCAACUCAAUCAAUAUUACUAGUUGAUUGCAUUCUAAUUCUAGCCUCCAACCCUAAGAUGUAAUGUAGCAGACUAAGUUUCUCCUUUCCCUGUGACCUAAAAUGAUUGUGGUAGUGGCAUUUUGUACUGAAUUAUAACUUUUGAGUUAUGUUGAUGUUGUGGUGGCAAUAUUAUCGCGAGAACAGAGGCACAACCACUCUAUUACUACUGAAAUAUGCUCAUGUUGUUGCUGUCGAAGUUUGCACUCGAUGAAUUCUGCUCUGCCAACACUAAUGAGCAGCUGGGUGCCGGUGGAGUAGCUGGCAUUGAAAAUGUAUAUGAGCGUUGAAGGAUUAGUUGGAUUGGAUGUCGUUGAAGAUGACGAUAAACGACGAUGGACGGGGUAAAUGAAGAAGAGGAUGCUCUACAGUCUAAGAGAGAAGGAUAAUAAUUUGGGUAAUGUGUUUGGCUGAACAAAAAAAGGUUACAAAACAAAUUUUAGUAUAAGUUAGGGGGUAAUUGGAUUAUUUCCUACCCAAAUGGUCAAUCUACACAUCAUGGGGAGAGGAUGCGAGGAUGAGAUGGGAAAUGUCAAGUCAUUACCUUUGAUGAAUGAAUGAAGGGUAGUGGGGAUUGAAUUCGGAUUUAUAGAAGAUACUUUGGAGAUUUGGAGAAGAAUAGAAUAGGGGAUGGAAAUGGAGAUGAGGAUAAUCAAACGAUACUUUGAUACUUUGUUUAUAGAUUGAUUCUGACAAAAUAGGUAAACGACAAUAUCUAGAAAUGUCAAGUCAUUAUCUUUGAUGAAUGGAUGAAGGGUAGUGGGGGUUGAAUUCAGAUUUAUAGAAGAUACUUUAGGGAUUUGGAGAAGAAUAGAAUAGGGGAUGGAAAUGGAGAUUGGGAUAAUCAAACGAUACUUUGAUAAUUUGUUUAUAGAUUGAUUCUGACGAAAUAGGUAAACGACAAUAUAUGGACGCUAAUUCGAAACCCUAAUCGACUUAAACCUAGUAAAGUACUAAACUACCCUUGACUAAUGAUCGUGCCUCCGUCAACCUUUCUUUUGGAUUUUGUUAUUCUAGGUUGGUUAAGGUUUAUUUUUGUUCAGUCAUACAAGUAAAUUGAUUCUACUAGCUCGAUGUGAGUGAUAUAGGAUUGCAUGGUGUAAAUUUUUUUCCUCCCACACGUUGGAAACUAAAAUAAUGAACGUCUGGGUUCUUGAGACAAUUGCAUUACUCAUCACGAUUCAAAGUAAGAAAGCGUGAAAGCUACACUGUUAGUUUCAGCUUGCAAGAAAAAAAGGUCACUUAACAGGAAAUGUCUGAAUGAGAAACUAAAACAAACUUCAAAUAUCUUUUAGAAAGAAGUAGAUCUUCAAUAAUAUUACGUCUCUACGUCAAACACAUGUUAAAUGACAAUUUGCAAUAAAAAAAAUAUAAUAAUGAAUAAACAUGUCCAAGCUUGGUAGUUGGUAAAGGAAGAACAAAUAAUGCAACCUACCAUUGAUUGAUUAAUUAUCAACAUUCACUCCAAAGUUGAUGUGAAGAGCAAGUUGCAGCAGCAAGUGGAUUGGAGGUUAGAAGACAAAAUUGAUAAGGAAUGCAUGAGAAUAUGAUUGGUUUAGGUAUUAACGCAUGCAUGUGCUCUACUGUCAUGGAAGAGUGGAUUGAGUUUCCAUUCAAUUAUAUAUGUGAUGCACGUAUUGAUUGGUAGAUAUAAAAAAUGAUAAAUGCCACGUUUGAAAAUCGAGAUUACUAAAUUAUGUCAUGUUUA